AUGGCUAGAACAAAAGCGACCGCAUCUUACUGGACGCAACCUCGCACCAGGGCUAAUCCUUCCGAACCACCUCGCAGAUCUCUCAGAUUGCGCAAAGAGAAUGCAAGCGACACACAACAGACGCCAGAACAAACACUCCCUGCCAAUUCCCAACCAGCCUCUUCGCUCUUCAAAGUCCCACGCGAAAUCAGAGACUACAUCUUUAAGCUCGCCUUAACCACUUACGAAGAUGCCACGAAACUCUGCGAUCUCGAGACCCAAGUGCCUGGAUGUUACCAAAGAAGCUUUCCCCAUCAUCGCCCAGGCCAUUACCACCACCUCCGCACGGACACAGCGCUGCUUCGUACAUGUCGCCUCAUCCACAAUGAGACCGCCCUCGUACCAGUGUCUGUCAAUACUCACUCUCUCUGCUACCCCGACAUCCGAGCCCUUUCUUUCCCAAUGUCCACCGUCGCCACCUCCUACUUCAAGCGCAUGACAUCCGCUCAACUUGCAGCCGUGCAGCACAUCCAUAUAUUUGCCAAUCGCUCUCGUCUCACGGCCGAAGACCCUGGCCGGUAUAUCAGCCACAGCGCGUUCGCGGAGCUAGGCUGUUUGCGCGGCAAGAAGGAGAAAGAGGCUGGUGAGGGUGAAGGUACUUGUGGGAUCGGGGGACCAUACCCGAAGAUGAUGACGAUUACAAUCAGGGACUGCGACUGGAAAUUCCGUAAUCAUACUCAGUUCGAUCUUGACAACAUGUUGGGAAAUAGGCAUUGGGAGAAUGUGUUGGGAGAGUUGAAGGAAUUGAGAAUGGAAUUGGAGAUUGAAAAUAGGCAAAAGGAGGCAUUAAUGCCCGUUAUCAAUAAGUUGAAGGGCUUUGAAUUUGAUAUCGGAGGAGGUGAGUCACUGGUUGCAGAGGAAAACGUGAAGGAGAAUUCGUGGAUGGGACCAAUUCAGUACCCUAGAGAUUAUGCGCCAGGAGACAUGUGUGAGGAAAGAACAUAUUAUGUUGCUACGCUUGUCUGGAAAGUGAGGUCCGUUGGUCAAGACUCUGCAUGUUAG